AUGCAUGGUUCAUGUAGUACGCCUAAUUCUAUUAAUUAUGAAGCAUCUAAAUCUUUGUCGAAGGAGAAAAGGCUAGAAAGCGAAUUAGGAUCAAGUGUUGCAUUGUCGCAUGAUACAUUAGGAGUUGAGGACAACACAAGCAGUCACUGCAGGUCUAAGAAUACUGUUAGAUUGUCUGAACCGAGUGACGUACAAUAUAACCUUGCAUCAGAUUUGACAGAUUGUUUGACCUCGAUAGCGAACAACACUUUACCAAGGACAGAGCUGCUGUACUUUGAUGGACAGCCAAGUCAAUACUAG